AUGAACUACAAGUAUCUCCUCACUUGUAUGGUCUGCAACACUGAUAAAGAGUCUUGUAUCCUUGCAAAGUGUAGUGAAUGUCCAGGAACUGAUAAGCUGCGGGAAAUACUAGAAGCAGGAUGGAAAGAUUUUGAAAAGGAUGAAACAGAUUUAAAAUUUUCACAAUGGAUUUUCAUCACCGCAGCUAUCGUUGCAUGUGCAGUUGGUUCUCUCGUACCAUUGAUUUUCAUCACCGCAGCUAUCGUUGCAUGUGCAGUUGGUUCUCUCGUACCAUUGCCAGCACACCAUGCUCCUAAACCAUACAAAUUUGGCUACAAUAUAAAGGAUAAACAUGGAGAUCAAUACAGAGAGGAAGUCGGAGACGGAGCCAGUGGCGUGAAGGGCAGCUACGGAUUCACCGAUGCCAGAGGCAUCCACAGACAGGUAGACUACGUUGCCGACCAUGCCGGAUUCAGGGCUCAAGUCAAGACCAACGAGCCUGGCACAGCCAAUCAGGAUCCUGCUGCAGUCAAGAUGAUUUCUUCUGCUCCCUAUGCCGGACAUGAAGCCGGACUCUUGGGAGCCGGACUUGUAGGUGCACCUGCUGUCUUAGCUGCACCAGGAAUCGUUGGCGUCAACGGAUUGGACCUUGGAUAUGGAGGAUUGGGGUACAAUAACCUUGGAUAUGCUGGCCUGGGAUAUGGUCUCAACAAUGCUCUGCUCGGAGGCCUGGGCUACGCACGAUAUGGAUACUAA